AGUGACUGAAAAUCUAUCAUAGCUCUCAGAAAAUCUUUUAUGGUUGUUGAGUCACUGCCUUCCCUCAGUGCUUUCAGUUUCAUAUUACUCUAAUUCUGCCAUAAAGUUUGCUUUACUUCACUCACCUCCUUACUUUGAGGAAACUCAGAAAGCCCCAGGAUGUGGGAAGGGUGAAAUAAAAGUCCCAGGAUCCAGAGAGACCAAGAAGAAAGAGAAAUCACUCCACUUAUUCUGAAGAGGAAAAACAGGUAAGAAUUUUUACUACUUUCUCACCAUGCAGCUUUCUCUUCAGCUCUGAAGGAUCUCUGCUCCAGGAUAUAGAGCCUGCAAUAACCUUAGGGCAGGGUAGGAAGGUAUUUAUAAAGGUCAGUUAGUUUUCUUAACAAAUGACCAGCACCAUGCUAUGCUACACUGAGCCUGAAGUGGAACAGCAGUUCAGAUGAAACCCUGGCCUCCUCAGGCUAUCCACAUGUCCCUGAGAGCCCCUGUUGUGCUCUGGGCUGUAUUAGACACCAGCGGAGCCUAAUGAGAGCUCAAAAUGCUUUACGAUUGUCUUUUUCUUUCUUGACAGUACCUAUGCUGACUGGGGACUCAAAUUAUCAUUGGCUUUGAAGGAACUUUCUCAAUACUGUUCCAACUGCAGCUAAGAAACUGAAAGAACUACAAAUGUGCUAUUUUCGUAAGAAGGAAAGAACAGUAAAUAAGAUACAGUGUAAAUAGCCCACUACUCUGUUAAAGCAAAAGAAAGAGAAAACCGAAACCCAGAGUUUCAUGAAAAGAACAUUCUUUUUAAUCAUAUGCUUCUACUUUGUUCGAAAGUGGAUUUCUUCCUUUAGAAAUAGUCCAGGCUCACUUGUCCAAUUUCUUUGUCCCCACUUAUUCCUCAAGCCCUUUCAAGUAGAAAUUCAACCCACUACUUUACUGAUUCUUUCCUUUUUAAAGAAUCUACCAUGUGCAACAUCUUUGCUUACCUUGACCUUUCCCUGCCCUCCUGAAAUUUGAUCUCUUCUUUUGGAUACUUCUCCCCUGAAUUCCUAGGCAUGGCACUAGGUUUAUUUAUCACCUACUUGUCUGCCCAGCUCUCUCUUCUUUGUCAUUCUUCCUUCUCUUCCUCUCCAUCUGUAAAUGGAAAAACAGAACAGAACCUAGAAGUAGUUGGCUGGAAAUAUAGAUUUUUUGAAAUAACCUUUUUUUCUAGGUCUCCUAAUCUUUUUCUCCUACUUUUAACUCGUUUUGUUGUUGUUGUUGUUGUUCUUUCUAUAUUUUCACUCUUCUUACUCUCUCAUUAUAACCAAAAAACACCGUGGUAUUCAUGAUUUACUUUUAGCCCAACAUAACCCUAAGAACUAAGUUUUAUAAUUUCCAUUUUCUAGAAAACAUGUUUUAAGAUGGCUAAAUAGCAUGGCAAAUAUCAUACAACUACUAAAUCUUGCUUCAAACAAGCACUUUAUCACCAACACAAUAUAUUGACUUUUUUGGUGCUCCUAUUCAUUCUUGCCUUUCUGUUAAAUGUCUUCAGGUACAAAGCAUAUUUUUGAUAUCUACCAUUAUUCUCCUUAACUUUUUGAACAAGCAGAAUAUAGUUAUAAUAACUAUUUUUAAUAUCCUUCUCUGCUAAUUCUAGUAUCUUAUUAUGUGCUGCCUUGAUUUUGAUGAUUGGUUUAUUUGUUCAUUAUGGGUUGCAUUUUCCUACUUCUUUUCAUCCUGGUAAAUUUUAAUUGGGUUCCAGAUGUUUGACUUUCACCUUCUUGGGAGCUGGAUGUUUCUAUAUUCCUGUAAUUAUUCUUGAGAAUUCCUGGAAACAGUUUGGGCCUCUAAGUCAUUUCUUACAUGUUGCAAUUAGAAAAAAUGCUUUAAGUCUAUUUUAAAAUGCCACAUUAACAGUUAGGUAUAAAUGCUCUUCUAAGAGCAGAGUUCAAAGAAUGAGAGCCAUGAUUCAUCAGAGAGUGCUUCAUGAUAAGCUGUCAGGAUACAAAGAAACAUGCUCUGCCUGAACAUAGAAGCUUGGUAUGUGGUAAGCACACUGACCUAGAUUUCCAAAUAUUGAAGUAAAGAAGAAUUAAUCUAGAUACACACAAAGGUAAAAAAUAAUAAUAAUAACCUAACAGAAAAACAAACCCAUUAUUGUUGAGUCGAUCCAACUCAUGGCGACCCAAUGAGAAACACAGGGAGGUUAAAAAUAAUGGUAACCUAAUGCAAAGAAUAAUAAUCAGAUUCUAGAAAGCAGACCUGAGUUGGCAUAUGGUAAAUGGGGAUCUCGUUGUGCAGCCAAGAUUAAGACCCUGUGUGCCAGCCUGUAGUACAGGCCUCAAGGUCCUGGAGUCUUAGUAAAAUAUGGUCCAGUGACUUGGGUUCAAGCACAGAAAAUGUGGAGAAUCAUCAUGGGCCACAGCAUGUCAGAGAUUCUGUUAAAUAAUCAACAUCAGGAUGUAAACACAGGGACUAUGUAUGAUUUUAUCUCACAAUGAGACAAGUAGUUCAUUAAGUCAGAAGCUAACCACCUAGCAUUUACUCUAUACACAUGACAAACACUUCAAAACAGUCUAUGCACAGGUAAAGAAAAAUAAAACUUUAUUCAGUGAAAGGAUGAAUGAAAAAAUAAAUUAUGAAUUCAUGUAAAAUAAAUAGUAUAUAAAAUAAAUUUCUCUAAUCCUAUUCUAUUUCCCUCUAAAUGUGUGUUCUCAAGUAUUUAAUGGGAAUCCAAAAGAAGGUUUUCCACAAUGAACUACAUGGAAAAUUUUGGUCAUGAGAGCAAUUGAACAUUGGUAAAUUCCUGUCAUUCCAAUAUUUUAAUCACUAGGCUAUUUUUAAAAGACUUUUAUAACAUUCUAAAACGAUAAAAAUCUUCCUUUCCUCUAGAUGAUGACUGAUGAACAGAAAAUUUGUGGCCAUGCUGUGGAACUAUAAUGUAAUGAAAGCAAAAUAGCCUAGUGAGAGUUCUUAUAGUGAGAGUUCUUAUUCUGCUUAAACUGGAAAUUUCUGUUUAUUCAACUUCUUCCCUUGCAGAUAAGGCAAUACCCUAGACAUGGCCUCUGAGUUUCAUAUGCCAGGCCCAGUGUGCCUCAUUGAGAACAAUGAAAAGAAACUGAUGGUUAAUCAGGAAGCUUUGAAAAUCCUUUCAGCCAUUACCCAGCCUGUAGUGGUGGUGGCUAUUGUGGGCCUCUACCGCACAGGCAAAUCCUACCUGAUGAACAAACUGACAGGGAAGAAACAGGGCUUCUCUAUGAGUUCUACAGUGCAGGGUCACACCAAGGGAAUCUGGAUGUGGUGUGUGCCUCACCCCAAGAAGCUGAACCUCACCCUAGUUCUGCUUGACACAGAGGGCCUGGGAGAUGUAGAGAAGGGAGACAACCAGAAUGACUCCUGGAUCUUUGCCCUGGCCAUCCUCCUGAGCAGCACCUUCAUAUACAAUAGCAUGGGAGCCAUCAACCAGCAGGCCAUGGAUCAACUGCACUAUGUAACAGAGCUUACAGAUCGAAUCAGGACAAAAUCCUCACCUGAUAAGGAUGAUGUUGAGGAUUCUGCUGACUUUGUUAGCUUCUUUCCAGACUUUGUGUGGACUCUGAGAGACUGGACCCUGAACCUGGAAGCAGAUGGACAACCCAUCACAGCAGACAAGUACCUAGAGAAUUCCCUGAAGCUAAAGCCAGGUAUCAGUCAAAAAGAUAAAAAUUUUAACCUGCCUCGACUCUGUAUCCAAAAGUUCUUCCCAAAGAAGAAUUGCUUUGUCUUCCAUCCCCCCACUGAGUGGAAGAAGCUUGUUCGUCUUGAGACACUACUUGAUGAUGACCUGGAUCCUGGAUUUAUACAACAAGUUUCAGAAUUCUGUUCCUACAUCUUCAGUCAUUCCAAGAUUAAAAUUCUUCCAAGAGGCAUCAAGGUCAAUGGGCCUCGUCUAGAGAGCCUGGUGCUGACUUAUGUCAAUGCCAUAAACAGUGGGGAUCUUCCCUGCAUGGAGAAUGCAGUCCUGGCCUUGGCCCAGAUAGAGAACUCAGCUGCAGUGCAAAAGGCCAUUGCCUUCUACGACCAGCAGAUGGGCCAGAAGGUGCAGUUGCCAACGGAAACCCUCCAGGAGCUGCUGGACCUGCACAGGGCAAGUGAGAGAGAGGCUAUCCAAGUCUUCAUCAGAAGCUCAUUCGAAGAUGUAGACCUUUCUUUCCGUAAGGAAUUAGAGAAGCAGCCCAAUGUAAUCAACCUGCCACUAAAUUGCUGGCUGAUCACCUCAAGAGAUAGUAUUAUAUGGAGGACUUCCAGCGUUGGUCUCUGCUGCUGGAAGAUUGGGCACUCAGCAGUGGCUAUAGCCAAGUUGGCCUUGAUACAGCUAGAAAAAAAGUGGGAUGACCUUUGUAAACGGAAUCUGCAAGUAUCAUCGGAUCGUUGCUCAGCUUUACUUCAGGAUAUUUUUAGUCCUCUAGAAGAAGAAGUGAAGCAGAGGAUUUAUUCUAAACCAGGCGGGUAUCACCUCUUUAUUCAGAAGACACAAGAGCUGAAGAAAAAAUACCUUCACGAACCCAAGAAGGGGAUACAGGCUGAAGAAAUUCUGCAGAAAUACUUGAUGUCCAAGGAUCCUGUUACUGAUGCAAUUCUACAUACAGAUCUGACUCUCACAGAAAAGGAAAAAGAGAUUGAAUUGGAACGUGUGAAAGCUGAAUCUGCACAGGUUGCAGCAAAAAUGUUGGAGGAAAUGCAAAUAAAUCAUCAGCAGAUGACAGAACAGAGAGAAAAGAGUCAUCAGGAGCAUAUGAAACAAUUAACUGAGAAAAUAGAGAGGGAUAGAGUACAAUUGUUGGCAGACCAAGAGAGGAUUCUAGCUCUUAAACUUCAGGAACAGGAACAAUGUCUCAAGGCGGAAUUCAGGGAGGAGAGAAUAAAACUCCAGGAAGAGAUCCAGGAUCUUCAAAUGAGAAACAGAGAGACAAUGGAACAUGUGAAAGCUGAAUCUGUACAGACUCCAGAAGAAAUGAUGGAGGAAAUAAAGUAUCAGCAAAUGAUGGGACAGAAAGAAAAGAGUGACCAGGAGUAUGUGAAGCAAUUGAUUGAGGAGAUGGAGAAGGACAGGGACCAGUUACUCACAGAGCAAGAUAAGACUCUAGCUCUUAACUCUCAGGAAACCAUGGCAUUUAAACCCAUCAUGGAGGCCCCCAUUUGUCUAAUAGAAAACCAGAAUGAACAGCUGAUGGUGAAUCCAAAAGCAUUGAAGAUUCUUGACAAGAUUUCUCAGCCUGUGGUGGUGGUGGCCAUUGUAGGCCCAUAUCGUACAGGAAAGUCUUACCUGAUGAAUCGCCUGGCAGGACAGAACCAUGGCUUCUGUCUGGGCUCCACAGUGAGGUCUGUAACCAAAGGCAUCUGGAUGUGGUGUAUACCUCACCCUUCCAAGCCUAAUCACACACUGGUCCUGCUGGAUGUUGAAGGCCUGGGCAAUGUGAAAAAGAGUGACCCAAAGAAUGACUCAUGGAUCUUCAUACUGGCCAUGCUCCUGAGCAGCACCUUUGUCUACAACAGCAUGAAGACCAUUGACCACCAGGCCCUGGAGCAACUGUACUAUGUGACUGAACUAACAGAGUUAAUCAGAGCAAAAUCCUCCUCCAGAGCUGAUGAAGUAGAAGAUUCUACUGAGUUUGUGAGUUUCUUUCCAGAUUUUGUUUGGACUGUAAGGGAUUUCACCCUGGAGUUGAAGAUAGAUGGAAACCCCAUCACUGAAGAUGAGUACCUGGAGGAUGCCUUGAAGUUGAUUCCAGGUGUGAAUCCCAAAAUCCAAAAUUCCAACCUAUCUAGAGAGUGUAUAAAGAAUUUCUUCCCCAAACGGAAAUGCUUUGUCUUUGACCAACCUACACGUGACAAUAAUCUCUUACACCAGAUUGAGGGAGUGCUGGAAGAAAAGCUGGAUUGUAAUUUCCAGGUGAAAUUAAAAAACUUCUGUUCCUAUAUCUUCAGCCAUGCAAAGAUCAAGACCCUGAGAGAGGGAAUCGUCAUUAAUGGAAACCGGCUUGGGACUCUGGUGGAGACCUAUGUGGAUACCAUCAACAGUGGAGCAGUGCCUUGUUUAGAGGAUACAGUGACAACUCUGGCCCAGUGUGAGAACUCGGUAGCUGUGCAGAAGGCAGCUGACCACUACAGCAAACAGAUGGCCCAGUGCAUGAGGUUUCCCACAGACACCCUCCAGGAGCUGCUGGACGUGCACGCGGCCUGUGAGAGGGAAGCCAUUGCACUCUUCAUGGAGCACUCCUUCAAGGAUGACAAGAGGGAAUUCCAGAAGAAUCUCAUGGAAACCAUAGAGAAAAAGAAGGAGGAUUUCAUGAUACAGAAUGAAGAGGCAUCUGAAAAAUACUGCCAGGUUGAGCUUAAGAAGAUUUCUGAGCCCCUGAUGGCAAGUAUUUCAAGAGGAACUUUCUCUGUUCCUGGAGGACACAGUCUCUACCUAGAAGCAAAGAAGAAGUUUGAGCAGAACUAUGCGCGCGUGCCCAGGAAAGGAGUUAAGGCAAAUGAGGUUCUCCAGAGCUUCCUGCAGUGUCAGGCACCAAUAGAGGAAGCCAUCUUGCAGUCAGAUAGAGCCCUCUCUGAUUCAGAAAAGGCCAAAGCAGCGAUGCAGGCAAAGAAGGAGGCAGCUGAGAAGAAACAGGAGUUGCUAAAAAUUAAAAAUCAAGAGCAGCAGAAAAAGAUGAAGGCUCAAGAGAGGAGCUUCAAAGAAAACAUGGAGCAAUUGAAACAGAAGAUAGAGAGGGAAAUUGAAAACUCUCUGAGAGACAAGGAAAAGAUGCUGGAACAUAAGCAGAAGGUUCAAAAAGAACUGCUGAAUGAAGGAUUUGAAAAGAAAUCUGAGAUGUUAAAUAAAGAAAUAAAUCAACUAAGAGAAAAGAUUGAAACAACAAAGAAAAAUAAGAACUCAUGGUUUUCAAAGGCCCUUGAUACAGCUGGCCCAAUAUUACUGAAAGCACUACCUCUGCUGAUAAUUGCAGCAAUAAAACUAUAUUAAAUGGGUUUAGAAUUCUUGUUAAGCAAAUUAAACAAUGAUAAUUUUUUUAUUUUGUGGCUCAUUUUUGAAGUACAUUUGUCAUGUUAAUUUCAUUUUUAAAAGUUUAAAAAUAGAAAAUGAUUUCUAGACAAUAUCAGAGCCUACCAUAAACAAAGACAAACUUAAUUAUAAUCAAACAAAUUUAAAGAAAUGAGAAAUGACAAAUAAGAAGAUGUAAUAGAGGAGAAGAUUUGUAAUACUAUCAAAACAGAAAAAUAUGGUGGAAUAAAAUUACCAAGAAGUACAUAAAAUUCAUAUGAAUAAAUAUUUGAACUGUUACUGAAAGACACAAAAAUCAGUAAAAAUGAACAAACUAGUAAUGUCAGUAUGCUAUAAGUCAACAUAUACACUUAACAUGAUUCAAAUAAACAUGUCACACCUUUUUUUGGAAGUAUACCAAUAUAUUUAAACUUUAUAGGGAAAAUGACAAAAGUAUUCAAUGUAAGUUGGAAAAAAAGAUCAUUAGUGAGGAGGGACUAGCUGUAACCAUAUGUUAAAACAUCCCUUCAAUUAGCACAGUGGUACUGUCAUCUUAAUAUUCAAACAGCAAUUUAACAGACUUGAAAGUUUAGAAAUCAAUGCAAAGUCAUACAGAAAUUUAGUUUAUGAUAAAUCUGGUGUUUCAGAUUAGUGAAGGAACAGAAAUAUUCAGCAAAUGGUAUUUGGACAACAGGUAGCCAUAUGUAAAGCCAUUGCUAAAGAUUGAUCAGUCUUUACUAAAACACGGGAAGAACUUUGUCUGUAGGUAUAUAGAUGAGCAUGGUCAGGGCAGUGAACAGUUCUACUCAAUCUCCAAAACAGUGCUGAGGAAAUCCAGAGAAGCCAGGGUAGAUCAUGGAUACUUUUAGAUAUAACUGUACAUACACCUCUAACCCACCACUGGGUAAUGUAAAGGAAUGGAUGUCUUUUAAUUCUUUUAGAAUUUUAAUCAAUUCUUACCAAGUUGUCAUUUAAGACUUUGGUCUUUCUUUCCUGGAAUAAACUCAUCUUUUUUUUUUU